GCCAAAACGCGAAUGAACAUCGACCGUGGAAGUUGACUGCUGAAGUACAAAGCGCUAGGCUGAAGUAUACGAAAUUCAUGUGAGACUAGCGAGCCGCGGCCUCACUAGCCAAAGCUAGCCACCAAAAACCAAAAAAAAAACAGGCAGCAGCAGCUCACACACACAUACAACCGCCAGGACCCGCAUCAUCAUAUCCUUCCUGCCAGGCCGUCGCCACUGCUGCCGCCCCACGCUCCCCUCGCAGGAGUCCCGCUUCGCCGAACGCUGCUCAAAACCCAUCAUCUAACCAAUAAAGCGGACGAUAAACAAGCACAUCGAGCACCGCAGAGAGGGCCAGGAGGAGCUAUUAACGCUAGUCUGGAACGCAGAGCAUUGGCAACAUUCUUGAUUAGGAGCAACAACACAACAAAACAAAAUGCCGCCAAAUGCAAAAUCGGAAGCGGACGCCAAACCGGAAGCGGAACCAGCGCCAGCGUCCGAGCCGGCAGCGGAUCUGGAGUCCGUGGACCAGAAGCUGGAAGAAACACAUCACUCCAAAUUCCGUGAGGUGGACAGGCAGGAGCAGGAGGUCCUAGCCGAGAAGGCGGCGGAAGCGGCCAGUCAAAGAAUCGCAACAACAGAAUCAACAACACGAAGUGCAACAACAGAGGCUCAGGAAUCAUCUACCACCUCAUUGCCGGUGAUCAAAAAGAUCGAGCAUGUCGGCGAAGUGGUCACCGAGGUGAUCGCGGAGCGCACGGGCCUGCCCACCUGGGGCGUGGUGGCCAUCAUCAUACUCGUGUUCCUCGUCGUCUUUGGUAUAAUCUUCUUCUGUGUGCGGAGAUUCCUGAAGAAGCGAAGAACCAAAGAUGGUAAGGGUAAGAAGGGUGUCGACAUGAAGUCGGUACAGUUGUUGGGAUCGGCGUACAAGGAGAAAGUUCAGCCUGAUAUGGAGGAACUCACCGAGAAUGCCGAGGAGGGUGACGAGGAGGACAAGCAGAGCGAACAAAAGCUUGGGCGUCUCAACUUCAAGCUGGAAUACGAUUUCAACUCCAAUAGUUUGGCCGUGACGGUAAUCCAAGCUGAGGAACUUCCCGCCCUGGAUAUGGGCGGUACUUCGGAUCCCUACGUCAAGGUGUACUUGCUGCCCGACAAGAAAAAGAAGUUCGAGACCAAAGUGCACCGCAAGACCCUGAGUCCGGUCUUCAACGAAACGUUUACCUUUAAGAGUUUGCCCUAUGCCGAUGCCAUGAACAAGACGCUCGUGUUUGCCAUUUUCGACUUUGACCGCUUCUCGAAGCACGACCAGAUCGGAGAGGUGAAGGUGCCGCUGUGCACCAUCGACCUGGCGCAGACGAUCGAGGAGUGGCGCGACCUGGUCAGCGUUGAAGGGGAGGGCGGACAGGAAAAGCUGGGAGACAUCUGCUUCUCGCUGCGAUAUGUGCCGACUGCCGGAAAGCUAACCGUUGUCAUUCUGGAGGCCAAGAACCUGAAGAAGAUGGACGUGGGCGGAUUGUCUGAUCCAUAUGUGAAAAUUGCAAUCAUGCAAAAUGGCAAACGUUUGAAAAAGAAGAAGACAAGUAUCAAAAAAUGCACCCUCAACCCUUACUAUAAUGAGUCGUUCUCAUUUGAAGUACCAUUUGAACAAAUACAAAAAAUCUGUCUCGUUGUGACCGUCGUGGAUUACGAUCGUAUUGGAACCUCGGAGCCCAUCGGCCGCUGCAUACUUGGGUGCAUGGGAACCGGAACCGAGCUGCGCCACUGGUCGGAUAUGUUAGCCUCGCCCCGCCGGCCCAUCGCCCAGUGGCACACCCUCAAGGACCCCGAGGAGACCGACGAGAUCCUGAAGAACAUGAAGUAAGGCGCCACCAUGGAUAACCCAAGCAGCAGUCUUACAGCACAUCUAUCGAACGUAUAAAAGUAACCACAGAACACUUAGGCGAACCGUCAGACACUGAAAUCGAAUGCAUCAUCAUCAGCUACAAACGAUCCUCCUCACCCGAAACGACAAGCAACAAUCAGCGAAAUAUCGUAGUUAAUGCAAAAAUUGUUCAUCUAUGCAGUUAUCCCGACAUAAACAUACUGGAACACACAAGAGCCGAUUAGGUAAUACCCUAGGUGUCUAAGUUAUAUCUCAUUGGUUGAACAGCAAAUCGAAGUGAAAGCUAUAAAGUCCUAUAUAUAGAAAGCAAUGUGUCCCACACACACACACCGGCCGGAAACCGCGAAUAGUUCGAUCGAUUUUACGCAUAAUCACCAGAAAUUCAUUUCGCGAUCUAUGAAUUUGUUGUUGUCCCCAUUUGAGAAUUUCCAGAAACUAUGAAAAUUACGAGUACGUUCCAUUGAAAAGAAAGAAACUAAGAAACAACUCUAUAUACUCAAACUAUUUAACGGAUGACCGAGAGAGUAUCAUUUUUAAAUGUUAAGUUUACUUCGGUUUUAAAUUAGUCCAAUGAUUAAAGGGAUCUUUCCGGUUUUAAAUUGGUUUUUCAAUCGUUGAAGGAUUACUAGUGAAUAAUAUUACUGACUAAUGCAUAUAUAAACGAGGCGAAGCACGCAAAGGCAACUUAAACUGUUAUGUAAAUUAUUUAUUAUGUUUAAAUUAUUGAGCAUUACGUACUUAACUGUGUAAGUAUAAAUCUAUGUGUGUUUAAAUAACGUGGACAUGGCAGACAUAUUACCAGGAGGAAGGCAGGAGGCGAAGUCAUAAAAAAUAUAUAUUAUAUAUAAAUAUUAUGUAUAACCCUUGCAUAGACUAAGAAAAUCAGACGAAUAAGUAGAAGGGCAACCGAAACCAACAGAAAACCAAAAGCAAAUAACAAAAGUUAAACUUUGAAGCGUGAUUUCAACGGAAUAUAUCAUCAGUUUAAACUUUAAAAAAUAUCGAACAUUUUGCACAACGGAUCAGAUGGGAGAAUUUUUUCAGUUCGGCCUUAUGUUACAGUAAAGUAGGCGAAAUAUGGCUCAGUUCGGGAAAGGUUUCCAUUUCAAUUGAGUUUUUCUUUUGAGAACUUACAGUUUUCGUUCGAGUUCGAAGCUUCUUCUAUCUCAAAUCUUAAGGUUUCUACAACUAUCUAUGAAUCGAUUUGAUUUUCUUUCCGAUUUAACCACAUUCCUUAAUUUAUAAAUCAUAUUAGGACCUAAUGAAAAUAUACAUACUAACUAAAUGAUUAUGGCAAAAUGUUAAAACAGAAAAAGAAAUAUUAAGAACAAUAAUAGUUAUUACUAUUUAUAUUAUAUUCAAGUAUAUGACAUCUAAACAAUAUACAUUUAUAUAAACUUAAAAAAAACCUUGUGCUCUUGUUGCACAAGCCUACUAAGAAUUUGGCAUUUUUAAUAUGGAAAAGCGGCGGCAACAAAAACUUCUACCUACCUAAAAACACAAAUUAGCUAAUUAAGCUAAAUAAAAACCCCCAAGAGCAGGGGACUCCAAAAGUAAUGAAACCGAAAUCGAAAUCGAAAUCGAGACAGAGGGAUAACAAUGAGCCAUGAUUUUCUGAUUUUUUCCAUAUUGAAAGUAAAUGAAAUUCAACUAAUACAUUAGAUGUUUUUGUCCUGUAAAUGGUAUAUUAUAAUGAUAAUGAUAAAGCGUAGUUAGGGAUCGUGUAUCCCCUGUACACACACUUACACAGUUGUAGUUAUGUUCACCGAAGCAAGAGAAAUGCAUAAGAAUACACAGAGAAGAAGGAAGGGAUGCGAAUGCAAACUUACAAAUCGAGAAAAUACCAAAAAUAUUUAUGUAAUAUAAUUCAUCUAAAUUUAACAAAUCGACGUGGACGCCAGGAAAAACGAGUUAUACAACUUAUUACGAGUAUUGUUCAAUAAAAGAUAAAUAACUUUGCUUUUCCAAGUAAUUACUGUAAAUUAUCUCAAACCCAAAAACAGCAACAAAAGACAAGGACACACAAAAAACACAUAUGUAUUAAACAAAUGAUAAAUUACGAACAAAAAUCGAAGCCUAACCACAACAGCAACAAAAUGAAACAAACAAGACAACAAACUAUAUAUACUUGCAUAUUAAACAAAUUAUAUGAAAUUAUAUAAAAUGAUGUUGAUUAUUGAUUUAAAUUAAAACUGAGAAAGUGAAUAAAACAAAUUAUAUAUACACCUAUAUAUAUAAAAAUAUUAAACAAAACAAAAGCAAAAA